ACAGAGCAACAUCCAGCCAGUUGCUGUGUCUUCCGGCAAGCAAACGACACUCGUCCCGCUAUGUGGGUGUCAGGAAGACUUCUAUGUUUUACUGUUCUUUGGAAUUUCAUAAGUGGAACCCCAGAACAACCAAACAUAGUUAUAAUUGUAGCAGAUGAUGUGGGCUGGAAUGAUGUUGGAUUUCAUGGGUCAGAUGAAAUACAGACACCAAAUAUUGAUGCUUUGGCAUAUCAAGGAGUUGUUUUGACUCGCCAUUAUACUUUGCCAUCUUGCACUCCAUCACGAUCUGCACUACUCACUGGGCGUUACCCCAUCACUACUGGAAUGCAAGGUUAUCCGCUACGAGCAGGUGAACCACGUGGUUUACCACUAUCCGUACAACUUCUUCCUGAGCAUUUCAAAAGAAUUGGUUAUGCAACACAUGCCAUUGGGAAGUGGCAUAUUGGCAGCCAUAAAUCAAAUUUCACUCCCACAUACCGAGGAUUUGACUCACAUUUUGGUUACUGGUAUGGAUACAUUGGGUAUCAUAACCAUUCCAUAGAACAAGAGGUACCAAACCAUCAACCAAUACAUGGACUAGAUAUGCAUCGUGGCCUUUCAGCAGCAUGGGAUACAAAAGGAACAUAUGCCACAGAAUUGUUUACCAGAGAAGCAGUGUCCAUUAUUCAGCGUCACAAUGUCUCAAGUCCAUUACUUCUCUAUAUUGGCCACUUAGCUCCACACAGUCCACUAGAAGUUCCUGAUCAAGCAGCUGCUGAUGAAAGGUUCUCUCAUAUUACUGACCGAGAAAGGAGAAUAUAUGCAGAAAUGCUUUGGCACCUUGAUGUGUCUGUUGGUGAAGUAAUAAAAGCUCUGCAACAAUGCAAUAUGCUCAAUAAUACAGUGAUUGUGUUCAUAUCUGAUAAUGGUGGACAACCUCAUGGUAUGCACUAUAAUAAAGCAUCGAACUGGCCACUAAGAGGGGCAAAAUUCACUCUGUUUGAGGGUGGUGUAAGAACUGUUGCAGCUCUGUGGACUUCUAAACUAAGACAAGCGGGCAGAGUUAGUGACAUCUUUGUUCACAUUACAGACUGGUUGCCAACACUUUACAGUGCUGCAGGAGGCAAUUUGUCAGAUUUGGGGCCAGUGGAUGGGGUGAAUCUUUGGCCAUGGCUAGGAGCUAGCAAUAGUACACACAUUCCCAAAGGGCCCCCACCACGUGUUGGGAUGCUGCUCAACAUAGAUGAAAUUUUAGGACUUGAAGCAAUUAUUCAUGGCCGCUGGAAGCUUACACGUGGAUCAUUUCAUAAUGGUCAAUAUGACAGUCACUCGGAACAAACAAGUCAACAGCCCAAUGGAGCGGACUCUAUUGCAAAUGCCUUAUCAGGAUCUGCUGCACAUGCUUUAGCAUCAGCUGGAAUAUCUGGACCGACAACGAAGGCCCAAGCAUUAACAGUACGCUCCCAGGCAACUAUUAAUUGCCUAAAAGAAAUGUCUUUUUUGCCUACAAAUCUUACAGGAACACCAUUAUGUUCUAGUAACUACUGUCUCUUCAAUAUUUUUGAAGACCCAUGUGAAGUGGAGGACAUUGCUAGCAGCAACCCAACAAUAGUUUCAUCACUCAUUCUGGAGCUCAAUAAAUUUAGGUCAAGACUAGUCCCACAAACAAACUGUCCUGUUGAUAUAUCAUCUGAUCCUGCUCAAUUCAACAACACCUGGCACCCUUGGCUUGAUUAGGCUACUAAGAAGAUUGGUUUUGGUUGAAAGACAAUAGAAAAGCCACAACCAAGUGAGAUAAACGUGUGUCAGAGUUACAUUGUUUUGUACAGUAGAUCUAUGAAGAUCAUUUGGUACAGCAUCUUCUGCCAGAAAAUUUAAUAUCUGACAGUUUUUUGUGAGAUUAUCAGUGACAUUAACUCAUCAGUCACAUUUGAUAAAUCAUAGAGGAGAACCUUUAGGGAUGUGGAAAUAUGCAUUAUUAAUUCAUAGACACAGUCACUGCAGGCUACUUAUGGAAAUUAUACUAAUAACCAAUUGCAACUAAUGCUAAUCUGCUCCUGUUUAUAAUGAUGGGAAUUAUGUCCAGAUUACUAUUAGUAAAAAAAAAAUAGCUACUUUAUAAAGAGCCAGUGCUUUCCCUCUUACACUGCUCAUUUCUGUUCUUAUCUAAUACUUCCAACUAAGCACUUGGGUAACUUUACACAGAACACUAUCAGCUGUCUAUACAUUAGUAAAACUCUGUAUAAUGUGAACAUUAAUGUUAACAGUAAUUUACUUCCCAAAUCCAAAUAUUUUGAUAAAUUGUCAGAGUUGUUAAAAUGUAUUUUUAAUUUAGUUUUAAAGAUUUGGGAAUGUGUAAUCUCCUGAUGUCUGCCAGCAAACUGUUAAAAGACUUUAGCACUAAAAUAUUAAAUUACAUUCUUAACUCUAGCCAAUUGGAAAGUAUCUUUACUUCUAGUAUUGUGUUUAUGAAUUACACAGUUCAUCCCAAAUUCACUCAUAACUUUAACUACAAAUAUAAUUAGGGAUUAAAUUUGUUAGUACAUAAAUGUGAGAAUUUUGAUGGUCCCAAUGAGGCUUCUGCAAGAUGUUUGCUUAUCAGCCUUACAUAACUAAGAAAACAAUAUGCAGUCCCUAGUAAUUUAAUGUAGGAAAAUACUGGAGUGAUAGUGAAUAUUGUGUGUCAUUAGUGUUCCACUUUGUAAGCAAUUAGAAAGAUAAAUAUGUUCUGCAUACAUAUGUCAGUAUCAAUUUUGUUAACAAAAGUAUGAUGAUUUUCUGUCACAUUUUAUCAUCUUCUUGCCACUGACAACACUGCCUGCAAAAGCUGAAUGCAAGUAAUGUUAUGGUGGCUUGAAUAUGAGGUCUCCAAAGUGCAAUGUAUGAAUAAUAAAUCUGGACCCUGCUGGUUACCUGUUAUAAAGGUAUAAUGUUAUAUCAGAAUGCUGUUUAGUAAACUGAAACUUGCUCAUUUUUUACAAAUUAAA